CUCUGGGAUCAGAUUUCCUUGACGAACACUUGAGUUUGAAGAUGAAGACAGAGAGUUUAGACCGAUUGUGACUGUUAAAAAGCUGCUGCUCCCUGUUUGUUCCUUCUCUGCUUGGUUUCCUGGUUGAAGCUGCUCAUUAGCGUCACCUUCACACGUCAACUUCACACUGAUUCUUCUCUCCAUCUGAAGGUUUAAUCCCAGAGCAGAAGCAAACACCAGACUCACCAGGACCUGAACGUGAACCUGGACCUGGACCCACCUGUGUGUCCAUCAGGAGGUACUGGUCAAUGGACAAAGCUGUUCACUACAAAGAUGGACGCUUCUCUGCUGAUCAGAGCUCAGAGCAGCAGAGACCAGACUCUGCUGGAACCAGCCAGCUUUCUGUCAAGCAUCUCCAGUCAAUGUUUGAACAUAAGAAGCUCACAUACGGACAAAUGCCUGCCCAUCCAAAUGAUCCCCAGAACAGGAUCCAUCAGCAGAGAACAGAUUCUCCUGAAUCUGGCCCUGUGUCCCUGAAGGGUGACCAUGAAUUUCCAGACAUACCUACUGAUCUCAAGCAUGGACAACCCUCAUCUUAUCCAAGGAUCCAUCAGCAGAGACCAGAUUCUCCUGAAUCCGGCUUUCUGUCUCUGAAGAGUGACUGCAGGUCUCUGGACAGACCCAUUAAUUUGAAGCACGGAGAACCCUCAUCUUAUCCAAGGUCGGAGCAUCAGAGAACAGACUCUGUUAGACCUCGACCUGGACUUAAACCUGAACCCAGCUCUGUGUCUGUCAAGAGUAACCAUUCCAGGGCCAGCCCUGUUCACUUCAAAGAUGGACAUCACUCUUCUGAUCAUAGCUCAGAGCAGCAGAGACCAGACUCUGCUGGAACCAGCCAGGUUUACGUCAAGAAUCUCCAGUCGUUGUUUGAACAUAAGAAGCUCACAUAUGGACAAAUGCCUGCCCAUCCUAAUGAUCCCCAGAACAGGAUCCAUCAGCAGAGAACAGAUUCUCCUGAAUCCGGCUUCCUGCACCUGAAGAGUGACUGCAGGUCUCUGGACAUACCUAUUGAUUUCAAGCAUGGACAACCCUCAUCUUAUCCAAGGAUCCAUCAGAGACCAGAUUCUCCUGAAUCCGACUUCCUGUCUCUGAAGAGUGACUGCAGGUCUCUGGACAUACCUAUUGAUUUCAAGCAUGGACAACCCUCAUCUUAUCCAAGAUUCUUUAAAACCACUGUGUGUGGGGAACAUGACAGCCAGACACAAGCUCAGAGCUCAGAGCAUCAGAGAACAGACUCUGCUAGACCUGGUCCUGGACCUAGACCUAGACCUGGACCUGGACCGGGUCCUGGACCUGAACCCAGCUCUGUGUCUGUCAAGAGUAACCAUUCCAGGGCCAGCCCUGUUAACUUCAAAGAUGGACAUCACUCUUCUGAUCAGAGCUCACAGCAUCAGCAGAGACCAGACGCUCAUGGACCUGAACCUGACCUUGACUCCAUAUUUAAGCUGCUCGAGGAAAACAUUGUCAGUUUCAUGAAGAACGAGCUGAAGAAAAUCCAAAAAAUUCUGAGUCGAGAUUAUGCAGAAUGCUUAGUGAGUCAGAGCGAGGAUGAGGAUGUGUUGGAUGGUGAAGAUAAAGAGCCAAAGAGGAGCAGCAGAAAGGCAUUACUGGAUAUCACACUGAACUUCCUGAGGAGGAUGGACCAGGAGGAGCUGGCUGACUGUCUGCAGAGCAGAACUAUUGCUCCAGUGUGUCGACGUAAACUAAAAUCUAAACUCAAGAAGAAGUUUCAGUGUCUGUUUGAUGGAACCGCUAGAGAAAGAAACCCAACCGUUCUGAAUCAAAUCUUCACAGAGCUGUACAUCACAGAGGGAGCAACUGCACAGGUCAAUAAUGAACAUGAGGUCCUACAGAUUGAAACAGCAUCCAGGAAACCAGACAGACAAGCAAUUAAAUGUGAAGACAUCUUUAAAGCCUCACCUGGAAGAGAUGAACCAAUCAGAACAGUGAUGACUAAGGGAGUGGCUGGCAUCGGGAAAACAGUCUUAACACAGAAGUUCACUCUGGACUGGGCUGAAGACAAAGACAACCAGGACAUACAGUUCACAUUUCCAUUCACUUUCAGAGAGCUGAAUGUGCUGAAAGAGAAAAAGUUCAGCUUGGUGGAACUUGUUCAUCACUUCUUCACUGAAACCAAAGAAGCAGGAAUCUGCAGGUUUGAAGAGUUCCAGGUUGUGUUCAUCUUUGACGGUCUGGAUGAGUGUCGACUUCCUCUGGACUUCCACAACACUGAGAUCCUGACUGAUGUUAGAGAGUCCACCUCAGUGGAUGUGCUGCUGAUAAACCUCAUCAGGGGGAAACUGCUUCCCUCUGCUCGCCUCUGGAUAACCACACGACCUGCAGCAGCCAAUCAGAUCCCUCCUGAGUGUGUUGACAUUGUGACAAAGGUCAGAGGGUUCACUAACCCACAGAAGGGGAAGUACUUCAAGAAUAGAUUCAGAGACAGAAAAGAGACAAGCAGAGUCAUCUCCCAUAUCAAGACAUCACGAAGCCUCUGCAUAGUGUGCCACAUCCCGGUCUUCUGCUGGAUCACUGCUACAGUUCUGGAGGACAUGUUUAAAACCAGAGAGGGAGGAGAUCUGCCCAAGACCCUGACUCAGAUGUACAUCCACUUCCUGGUGAUUCAGUUAAAACUGAAGAACAUCAGGUACGAUGGAGGAGCUGAGACAGAGCCAAUCUGGAAAAAAAAGAACAAGAAUAUGAUUAAGUCUCUGGGAAAACUGGCUUUUGAUCAGCUGCAGAAAGGAAACCUGAUCUUCUAUGAAUCAGACCUGACAGAGUGUGGCAUCGACAUCAUAGCAGCCUCAGUGUACUCAGGAGUGUUCACACAGAUCUUCAAAGAGGAGAGUGGACUGUACCAAGACAAGGUGUUCUGCUUCGUCCAUCUGAGUGUUCAGGAGUUUCUCGCUGCUCUUCAUGUCCAUCUGACUUUCAUCAACUCUGGAGUCAAUCUACUGAAAGAGGAACAAACAUCACCCAGGCAGCCUAAAGCCUUCAAAGACCAACCAAAGCUGAAACUUUUCUACCAGAGUGCUGUGGACAAGGCCUUACAGAGUCCAAAUGGACACUUGGACUUGUUCCUCCGCUUCCUACUGGGUCUUUCACUGCAGACCAGUCAAAAUCUCCUACGAGGUCUGCUGAUACAGAAAGGAAGUAUCUCACAAACCAUCCAGGAAACAGUUGACUACAUCAAGAAGAAGAUCAGUGAGAAUCAGUCUCCAGAGAGAAGCAUCAAUCUGUUCCACUGUCUGAAUGAACUGAACGAUUGUUCUCUAGUGGAGGAGAUCCAACAGUCCCUGAGUUCAGGAAGUCUCUCCACAGAUAAACUGUCUCCUGCUCAGUGGUCAGCUCUGGUCUUCAUCUUACUGUCAUCAGAGAAAGAUCUGGAGGUGUUUGACCUGAAGAAAUACUCUGCAUCAGAGGAAGCUCUUCUGAGGCUGCUGCCAGUGGUCAAAGCCUCCAACAAAGCUCAGCUUACCUAUUGUAACCUCUCAGAGAGAAGCUGUAGAGCUCUGUCUUCAGUUCUCACCUCCCGGUCCUCUAAUCUGAGAGAACUGGACCUGAGUCACAAUGACCUGCGGGAUUCAGGAGUGAAGCUUCUGUCUUCUGCACUUGAGAGUCCACACUGUAAACUCGAAACUCUCAGGCUGACUGACUGUUAUCUGUCAGAGAGAUGCUGUGAAGCGCUGUCCUCAGUUCUCAGCUCCCAGUCCUCUAGUCUGAGAGAGCUGGAGCUGACAAACAACAACCUGCAAGAUUCGGGAGUGAAACUGCUGACAUCUGGACUAAAGAGUCCACGUUGCAAACUGGAAACUCUCGGACUGUCAGGCUGUCUAGUCACAUGGGAAGGCUGUGCUUACAUGGCCUCAGCUCUGAGCUCCAACCCCUCCCAUCUGAAAGAGCUAGACCUGACCUACAACCACCCAGGAGACUCAGCAGUGAACAUCUUGUCUGCUGGACACCCACAGUGGAGACUGCAGAUUCUCAGCAACAUAGCACCAUCCAUGCAUCUCCUCCCAUUUAUCUGGAGUCUGGUCUCAUUGGCAACAGUUCUGGAGGAUGUGUUGAAAACCAGAGAGGGAGGAGAGCUGCCCAAGAUGCUGACUCAGAUGUCCCUCCACUUCCUUGUGGUUUUGUUGAAACUGAAGAAUAUCAGGUAUGAUGGAGGAGCUGAAACAGAUCCAGUCCGGAAUAUAAAGAACUAGAGGAUAAUUGAAUAUCUUGGAAAACUGACUUUUGAGCAGCUGCAGAAAGGAAACCUGAUCUGAUGUGAAUCAGACCUGACAGGGUGUGGCAUCGAUAUCAGAGCAGCCUCAGUGUACUCAGGAGUGUUCGCACAGAUCUUUAAAGAGGAGAGAGGACUGUACCAGGACACGGUGUUCUGCUUUGUCCAUCUGAGUGUUCAGGAGUUUCUGGCUGCUAUUCAUGUCCAUCUGACAUUCAUCAACUCUGGAGUCAAUCUGCUGGCAGAAGGAUUAAUAACACCCAAGAAGCCUGAAGUCUUCAAAGACCAACCAAGACUGAAACAUCUCUCUCAGAGUGCCAUGGAUGAGGCCUUACAGUGUCCAAAUGGACUCCUGGACUUGUUCCUCCACUUCCUCCUGGGUCUCUCAGUGCAGACUAAUCAGAAUCUCCUCUGAGGUCUGCUGACACAGACAAGAAGUAGUUCAUAAACCAACCAGAAACAACAGGUGGCAACAGGUUAAGUGUGUAUUUCAAAUGUCCAUCUACCCAGCAACUUUUUUCAGCUCCUCCUGGGGGAUCCUGAAUCAUUUCAAGGCCAGAUGAGACAUAAUCCCUCCAGCAAAUUCAGGAUUUGCAACGCCUGGACCAUCUCAGCUGGCUUCCUUCUCCACUAAUGAGCAACGGCUCUUCGCCAACCUCCCUCUGCAUGUCCAAACUCUUCUCCCUAUCUCAUAGGACAAGCCCGCCACCGUAAAGAGGGAACUCAUUUUAUCCUCUUUUAUCCACAAUGGUCACUAUGCAGAGCUCAUGGUCAUAGGUAAGGUUUUAUCGCAACUGCAGAGAUACAAUGUUGACAUUCCCAAACCAGACACUCCCUUCAUCACACCUGCAUCUUGAGAUCCUGAUUCAGAUCAUGAAUACCACAAGCAGGAUUAGAGACGUUUCUUCUGCUGCGUUCAGUAAACACGACUGGAUAUUUUUUUGACAUUGUGCCAAGUAUGUCACUGUUCCACAUCCAGGAUGGAAUCUGCAUUGUUCUUCCUGAAUCUGAGGUUUGACAAACAUUCAGAGCCUCUUCCAGUACCCUAAGAAAAUGUCACAGAGGCUGAGCAGUGUAACGCCCUGAUAAUUGGAGAAUACCCACUGGUUCCCCUUAUUGAAAAAAACCCUGGUCUACCAUUCCAAAGGUACUGUCACAAACUUUCAAGCAACACUGAAAACACGUCAACCAAGACAACCCAACAAUGUCAAAUGAGUGCUAGGUGGCAGAUGAAGGUCCUGGGCUGGAUCUGGCCAUCCUGACCAGGGCAUGUGAGCGGAGCGGAGUGCGUAGCGAGCGGGGAGCGGAGCGUGCGAAAUAUAGUCGGAGCGCAGAACGGGUUUUAAUCCAAAGGCCAGAGUGAUGGUUCUGUUUCGCUCCAGUUCCGUUCCGAUACCGCUGGCAGUACAAGGCCAUCCACUGGCUCAAACAUGGUCAUAGGGUCAAAACUGUAGCUUCUCAGCAUCUCACAAUACAGAUCUGUAUUAAAAAGAAAAAAGAUGUCAUUUUCAGAUGUUUAUAUAGAACUCUGGGUUCUGAUAUAGAUAAUUUCAAGGAAUGGAUAGAAAGCAUGGUAAUAAAAAUGGGUAAUAAAAAUAUCUUCAUUUGUGGGGAUUAUAAUAUCGAUAUACUAAACCCCAACAAUCAGAAAAGUAUUGAAGAUUUUUUAAACUCAAUGCAAAGUUUGAGUCUCUUCCCUACUAUCACUAGACCCAGCAGAACAACGUCUCAUACUGCAACUCUGAUUGAUAACAUAUUUACCAAUGUAAUAGAAAAUAAGACAAUAAGUGGGUUAUUAAUUAGUGAUAUCACUGACCACCUUCCAGUAUUCACAGUAUAUGACAAUAAUUAUAAUAGAAUUGAAAUAGAGGAACAUAAACAAUAUAGACGAAUCAGAACAGAGGAGACAAUAGCUACUCUAAAACACGAAUUAAUGGCAAAGGACUGGGAUGCAAUAUAUAAUGAAACAGAUGUAAAUAAUGCAUACAACAAAUUAUUGAUUACAUUCACUUCAUUAUAUGAUAAGCAUUGUCCCGUUAAGAGAUAUAAUAAAAAAAAACUAGCACAUAAAAGCAAUCCAUGGUUAACUAAAGGUUUAAGAAAUGCAUGUAAAAAGAAAAAUUUACUCUACAGGAAUUUCAUAACACAAAGAACAAAAGAGACAGAAGAUAAUAUAAAAGAUAUAAGAAUAAGUUAACUAAUAUUAUAAGAUUAAGCAAAAAAGAAUACUAUAAAAAGAAAUUAGAAGAUAACAGAAACAAUAUGAAAGGGAUAUGGAACAUGCUAAACAACAUUAUUAGAGAUGGUGCUAAACAAAACAAACUGCCUAAAUAUUUUGUUAUAAAUAAUAAUGAAAAUUAUAAAUUGGAUGAAGUGGCAAAUAGUUUUAAUCAGUUCUUUGUAGAUGUUGGUCCUGAGCUAGCGAAAAACAUCCCAAGUCCAGGGCCAGAUGGAGACUACAUGGAUAAAUUAAUAAUAAGGAAUCCCCACUCAAUGUUCCUGAAAGCGACAGAGGAAAAUGAAAUUAUCAACAUAGUAAAAAAAGUGUAAAAAUAAAACAUCUACAGAUUAUAAUGACAUUGAUAUGUCAUUAAUUAAACAGGUCAUUGAAGGGGUAUCAAAGCCAUUAGCACACAUCUGCAAUCUGUCUUUUCAAACUGGAACAUUUCCUAACCAGAUGAAAAUUGCUAAAGUCAUUCCGAUAUAUAAAACUGGGAGCAAACACAACUUUACAAACUACAGACCUGUCUCAAUACUGCCACAGCUCUCAAAAAUCUUGGAAAAGCUUUUUAACAAUAGAAUGGAUGCAUUUUUGGAAAAAUACAAAUUAUUUUCAGAGAGUCAGUAUGGGUUUAGGGUUAACAGAUCAACAUCACAGGCAAAAAAAAAGCGUUUGAUACAAUUAAUCAUAACAUACUAUUCAACAAACUGGAAAAAUAUGGGAUAAGCGGACUGGUGUUAGACUGGAUCAAGAGUUAUUUGAAAGGAAGGCAACAGUUUGUGAAGUUGGGUAAUCACUGCUCGGGAUAUUUGGACAUUGCUUGUGGGGUGCCCCAGGGGUCAGUGUUGGGCCCCAAAUUGUUUAUCCUGUAUACCAAUGAUAUGUGUAAAGUAUCUAGGUGGUUAACAUUGGUCAAUUUCGCGGAUGACACAAAUAUUUUUGGCUCAGGAGAAAACAUUAAACAAAUGGAAACAGUUAUAGACGAGGAAAUGAAAAAACUAAAGACAUGGUUUGACUGGAAUAAAUUAUCAUUAAAUGUAAGUAAGACUAAGUUCAUGUUGUUUGGCAAAAGCACAAGGAACACAAAAGUGCGAACAGAAUUAGAUGGGGUUGAAAUUGAAAGGGUGCAUGAACACAGAUUUCUUGGGGUUAUAACAGAUGACAGACUGAGUUGGAAACCACACAUCAAACAAGUUCAGUCCAAAGUUUCAAGAAGCAUUGCAGUCAUACACAAAGCAAAACAAUUACUGGAUCAUAAUUCUCUUCGCACACUGUACUGUUCACUGGUCUUGCCAUAUAUGCAUUACUGCUCUGAGGUCUGGGGAAACACUUACAAAACUUCAUUACGGUCACUUACUAUCCUGCAGAAAAGAGCAAUAAGGACUAUUCAUAAGGUCAGCUACUUGGAACAUACAAAUCCACUUUUUAUACAAUCAAAACUACUGAAAUUCACUGACAUUGUGUCUUACCAAACAGCAGUUAUCAUGUAUAAGGCAAAAAACAGACAAUUACCAGAAAAUAUCCAAAAUUUAUUUAGAAAUCGGGAGGGAGGUUAUCAAUUAAGAGGGGAACAUAACUUCAAAAGAAUAAACAGACGAACAACCUUGAAAAGUUUCUGCAUAUCUAUUGCUGGUGUCAAGCUAUGGAACAACAAGUGAGGAACUCAAGCAAAGUCCAAAUAUCAACCAGUUCAAGAAAAUGUAUAAACACAUGUUAUUUACCGGGUAUAAUGGAUAAUGGUCAUUAAUGAGUAUUGGUGAUUAUCAUUUAUUAAUUGAUGUGGCAUGGUGGUGAAAGGUAAAGAAUGUGGAUGUGUGUGUGUGUGUUUUUGUGUGUGUGUGUGUGUGUGUGUGUGUGUGUGUGUGUAUGUGUGUGUGGGUGUAUAUGUGCGUAUGUAGA